CAGGAUGCUUGCAAAACAGUUGCAAACUGACUGUACGUCACCGCGGUAUUAAAAGAAAAUUGUGUACUCUUUCAAACGUGUUGUUUCCUACAGAGAAAAUUUUAGUGAUAUAUGUUUUCAUUUCUAAUGAAAGGAUCAUAACCUUGUGUUGCCUUUAUUUACAAAACAUACUUAAUUUGAUACUACAAAAAUGCUUAAAAAAAUACAGUGCAAGUUGUAUUGAGUGUAGAAAGUACGUUUUCUUACUAAAAGCAGUUGGCCUGCUCACGAUAGAGCACGUCGAACUGGAAUCUUCAGGAUCUCAGCAGUCGUUGAAGCCCAUAAUAUGCACGAUUCCCCUGUACAAUGCGUCUCCGGAUUUCGCUGCUGAUGUCGUUGUCCGAAGUAACGACUGUCCCGAGAUAGCAAAACUGCUUUACCACCUCGAGACUGUCGCCGUCAACGAAUACAAUGCUUCCCAGAUGGUCUGGGUCACCGGCAAGCAGCAGUGAUACGACAACUAAUAUAACAAUUAUCCGGAAUAGAAUUUUUGGCAUUGAUCUUCGUUCGAAUUAAGUGCAGGUUCAUUAAAAUUAGCUAGCAAUCUGUGUUGUGCGAUUGACUUCCAAUUUAAAAACAAAAAAUUGUACAUUGGUAGUUUAUAUAAUGCCAUUUAACCAGCUCAUAACUGCAGCAAUGGUUGUUGCUGUUUUAUCAAACAUUAAAGUGGCAUAUGCAUUUCAGCCAGAUUUUGCUGAGUCAAUCAUCAACAAUUCCAUCGCUAUAGGAAGAGAUGCAACAUUUACCUGCCAUGUUCGACAUUUAGGAGGGUAUCGGGUGGGAUGGUUAAAAGCAGACACUAAAGCUAUUCAAGCAAUACAUGAGCACGUUAUUACACACAACCCAAGAGUGACGGUAUCACAUGCUGAUCAAAAUACUUGGAAUUUGCACAUCAAAUCAGUCACUGAAGAAGAUCGAGGAGGUUACAUGUGUCAACUUAACACAGAUCCAAUGAAAAGCCAGAUAGGUUACUUAGAUGUAGUUAUUCCACCAGAUUUUAUCUCCGAAGAUACCUCGUCAGAUGUCAUAGUCCCAGAAGGCAGUUCAGUGAAAUUAACGUGUAGGGCUAAAGGAUAUCCGGAACCUAUCGUUACCUGGCGGCGCGAAGAUGGAACGGACAUAAUUCUCAAGGAUGCAGCAGGAUCGAAACAAAUUGUACCAUCAUACCGCGGGGAAGUUCUGAAACUGUCAAAAAUUUCACGAAGCGAGAUGGGUUCGUAUUUAUGCAUCGCAUCCAAUGGAGUACCUCCUUCAGUAUCAAAGCGGAUUUCGUUGAGCAUACACUUUCAUCCUGUAAUACAAGUACCUAACCAACUUGUUGGAGCUCCACUAGGAACAGACGUGACGAUAGAAUGUCAAAUAGAAGCAUCGCCUAAGUCAAUAAACUAUUGGGUUAAAGAUACUGGUGAAAUGCUCGUGUCCUCGCCUAAAUAUCAAGUGCAAGAUGUUACUAGAUCAUUAUAUGAAGCUAAAAUGUCAUUGACAGUGCGCUCGUUUCAAAAGGAAGAUGUGGGCUCUUAUCGGUGCAUUGCUAAAAAUUCUCUUGGAGAAGUAGAUAGUAGCAUUCGACUCUACGAAAUUCCUGGUCGCAAUCGCAAAAUGUAUACAACGAAAUUCAGUAAUAAUGAAGUUACUAAAGACAGUUACAAGCAAGGGAAAUUAAAGGUAUCUUUUCCUCCAGAUGACGAAGAACAACAAUAUGGAUCUACAGAGGAUCUGAACGAUGUGUCGGAUUCAUCAAUUAAUAGCAAUAAACAAUCAAAUGUUCAAGGAAAAGUUGGAACCAUAAAGUUUGUUACACCACGAAGUCCUAUUGAUCAUUCCAACAGUGUUAACGGAGUUGGUACCAGUGGAGGAUACAUGGGAGUGAAUGUGCAUUUAAACAAGCAAUUCCCUUCUAUAGACAUUGUUACUCGCAAUCCAUUUGUGAUACCGACAAUACGCACUGGAGUAGAUGGACCAGAUGGAAUUAAUGGUCACUCAUAUGGACAUUCAACUGCUUCAAAAAAGAGUUUAUCAUUUAUUACCUCAUUUUCUAUUAUUUUUUUUCUUUUAGUAUCACUCCAAAUCACUAUUCAAACAGAUUAACGAUUUUCCUGUUAUAAUAACAGAAUUCGGAGAAGAAGACGGUAUGUUUGAGUGUCUAAGAAGAUUUAUCACUCCUUGUAAAACAGAACACAAACAAGUAUACACUCAAAAUAUAUCCAUAAAUACAUUUAAAAAAUACAAAUUUA